AUGCAUAACCAACCAACAUCUUUCUUUUUUUCCCUUCUUCUUCUUCUCCGAAUCUCGGCUUUGUCUGCUCAACACCAGGUAUACGUAGUGUACCUAGGAGGGCACAGUGGGCUUCAGACACCUGAAGAAAUCGAAAACAUACACCGUUCAUAUCUGCAUUCCGUCAAGUCUUCUCGUGAGGAAGCUGCAGCCUCCAUCAUUUACAGCUACAAGAACGCGAUUAAUGGCUUUUCGGCUUUUCUCACUUCUCAACAGGCUGAUGCACUAUCAGAGAUGGAUGGAGUGAUCUCAGUGUUCCGUAGCCAGCCAUCGAGGCUUCACACGACCAGAUCGUGGGAUUUCAUUAGCUUGCUCGAGGCUAACUGGGAUGCUUCGAUGGCUAAUGGAGAAGAUCUGUUGAAGCAAGCGGGAUAUAGCCAGAAUGUCACCGUAGGCGUAAUCGACACCGGAAUAUGGCCAGAGUCAGAGAGUUUCAGUGACACAGAUAUGGGACCUAUUCCAUCAUAUUGGAAAGGAUCUUGUCAAAGUGGUGACCAAUUUAAUUCUUCUAACUGCAAUAGGAAAAUAGUAGGGGCUCGCUACUACCUAAAAGGGUACGAGGCAGCCUACGGCCCGGUCGACCCAAAAUUCGACUUCAAAUCGCCUAGGGACAUGGCCGGCCACGGGACCCACGCUGCGUCAAUUGUUGGCGGCCGGAUGGUCCCCAACGCCGCCGCGAUCGGCGGCAUUGGCAGCGGCACGGCGAGCGGGGGCGCCCCGCUCGUGCGCCUGGCCGUGUACAAAGUGUGCUGGGCGGUUCCGGGGGCGAGCAUGGCGGAAGGGAAUGCAUGCUUCGACGACGACUUGAUCGCGGCCUUUGACGACGCCAUCGCCGACGGCGUUCAAGUGCUCAGCGUUUCGAUGGGGAGGAGUACUAGCGUUCCAUACGAGAGAGAUGGGAUCGCCAUUGGAGCGCUGUAUGCUGUGAAACGAAAUAUUGUGGUGGCUUGCAGCGCCGGGAACUCCGGCCCGGAUCAGUCCACCAUCACGAACGUUGCCCCGUGGGUCAUCACCGUUGGUGCGAGUAGCAUCGACCGUGAGUUUUCGUCGCCUGUCAUGCUUGGAAACGGCGUCGUUUUGGUGGGACAAUCAAUCACUCCAUUUGAUGAGGCUGGGACAUACCCUCUCGUUUAUGCAGCAGAUGUGGAAAUUCCAGGCUCCACAACAAGUGAAAAUAAUGGGUUAUGCAUGAGCGGCACGCUUUCACCGGAUCUUGUGAGAGGAAAAGCCGUCUUCUGCCGUAGUGGAGCCACUUUCGAAACCCUAGAAGUGGCCCGAGCAGGCGGCGCAGCGGCUGUGCUCGGAAACUCCUACGAAGGAAUGGGAGUUAUAGGCCAGUCUUUUAUGAUUCCGACAACAACCAUUCUCUCUAACGAAAUACCGAUAGUUUAUAACUACACUGUGUCCAAUAAAGCUGCAACGGUCACGUUAAAGCCGGUCAAGACUUUAUCCGGCACAUUGGCUCCAUUCAUGGCUCCCUUCACCUCUAGAGGCCCCAGCCUCGUCGAUCCUAAUAUUCUUAAGCCGGAUGUUACUGCUCCGGGACUCAAUAUACUAGCAGCAUGGAGCGAGGCGGCAUCUCCGUUGAACGUCCCGGCUGACAAAAGAGUCGUUAAAUACCAAUUCCUUUCUGGGACGUCUAUAUCGUGCCCCCAUGUUUCUGCUGUUGCCGCACUUCUUAGGGCGUUGCACCCCAAUUGGAGUAGCGCCGCCAUAAGAUCCGCCCUCAUCACAAGUUCAAAGCCGAGCAACAACGAAGGCGGAAGCAUAACAAAUGCGCAAGGGAAUCCUUCAACCCCCUUCGAAUCGGGAGCCGGACACAUCCAGCCAUCCCUGGCCGCCGAUCCGGGGCUCGUCUACGAUGCUUCGUAUGGAGACUAUCUGCUUUUCCUUUGCGCCAGCAGCGGCAAUCGGCUCGACCCGUCCUUCCAUUGCCCCGACGACGACGACGACGUGCCUUCGGCGAGCCAUUUCAACUAUCCGUCGCUGGCGAUCGACGAUUUGGAGGACGGAAGGAUGAGAGUGGCGAGAGUCGUCACCAAUGUGGGGCCCGCGAGGUCGACGUACACGGUGACGAUCAAUCAGCCGCCGGGUUACACGGUGAAGAUCGCGCCGGCGGUGCUGAGAUUCAGCGCGGUGGGGGAAAGGCAGAUGUUCAAUAUUACGGUUACAGCUGGCGGUGGCGCCGUCGAGAAUGUGUAUGCUUUUGGUUCCUUUGUUUGGAGUGAUGGAAUUCAUCGAGUAAGAAGUCCGAUUGCAGUAACUAACUCAGAUUAAUCUUAUGUACUUUCCUAUUUAUCCCAAAUAAUAUACAAAUUGUAUCAUUUUUACAAUAAUUUAUGAAUCGAGAAACCAUGUGUUGGAUAUUGUAGCGUUGGGGGUUGUGUAGCGUAU